AUGUCUACUUCAACUGAGCCCCCCGUGUAUACCCUAGCUGAGGGUAUGCCCGUUCAAGACCCAACAUCUUCUGUUGUCCUUCGCGGGCCCAAGGUUCGAGGCGGUGGCCUCGCAUUGUUGGCAGAUACACAACUUAUCGAGACGCUGGCGCAUUUCCCUCGAGAGCGAAUUCCUGAACGUGUCGUUCAUGCUAAAGCUGCGGGUGCUUGGGGCACCUUCGAAUGUACCCAUGAUAUCACCGACUGGUGUUCAGCCGCACCCUUCCGCAGAAUCGGAAAACAGACGCCGGUCCUCGCUCGCCUGUCUACUGUUGCAGGAGAGAGGGGAUCCUCAGAUACACUCCGCGACAUCAGAGGCUUCGCUCUCAAGAUGAAGACGGAGGAGGGAAACUGGGAUUUUGUUGGGAACGACUUACCUGUUUUCUUCAUCCGUGAUCCCGCCAAGUUUCCUUCUUUGAACAGGUCGCAUAAGCGCCACCCACAAACUGCAGUGCCUGAUGCGAGCAUGUUUUGGGAUUUUCAUAACCACAACCAAGAGGGUGCCCACAGUCUCAUGCAGCUCUUCGGUCCUCGAGGUAUCCCAGCUUCUCUUCGUAAUGUCAAUGGCUUUGGAAACCAUACUUUCAAAUUUGGAAAGCCUGAGGAUGGAUCUUUCAAAUACGUCAAGAUUCAUUUCAAGCCCGACGAUGGUAUCAAGACUCUCUCGCAAGAUGAUGCUGUGCGUCUCGCCGGGGAAGAGCCAGACUACCAUAUCAAGGAUAUGUACAACUCCAUUGAACGAGGAGAUUACCCAUCUUGGACUAUGAUGCUUCAGGUCAUGGAUCCUAAGGAAGCAGAGACAUACAAGUGGAAUAUCUUUGACAUCACCAAGAUCUGGCCUCAUAAGGACUACCCCUUGAUCCCUGUUGGGAAGCUCACCCUUAACAAGAACCCGGACAACCACUUUCAGGACAUCGAGCAGGCAGCCUUCUCGCCGUCAACAUUGAUUCCUGGUAUUGCUCCUUCGGCAGACAUAAUGCUACACGCGAGGAUGUUCAGCUAUCCGGAUGCUGCAAGAUACAGAGUCGGACCAAAUUACCAGCAACUGCCAUGUAACAGACCUCUCGAGGCAUAUUCGCCCUACCAGCGGGACGGACCAAUGCGAGUAGAUGGCAACUAUGGCUCUGACCCUGAUUACGUCCGUUCGUCCUUCCGCCAAAUCAAGAGUGGCCCCGCCGACGUCGCUCACAGCGAAUGGGUCGGUAAGGUCCAGGCAUACUCUUCCAACGUCGAGGAGGAAGACUGGGAGCAACCACGUGAUCUGUGGAAGAUGUUCAAGGACAACAAGGAAGACGAGGUCUUUCUUGAUAACCUGGCUGGUCACAUUAACAAGGCUGUGCCAGGGAUCCAGAAAGACACAAUUCGCAUGUGGGCAAAUGUCGACCAAGCGAUUGCUGAUCGCUUGGAGAAAAAGCUUGAGAAGUUAGAUGAGAACGUUGAUCACUCAAAGGCACCGCCUAGUUAG